AUGAGGAGUAAUACUCCUGGGGUGUCAGAAGAGUACUAUCGCCGCACAUUGUCGAUUCCCUUUCUAGAUGAGCUCAUUUAGAGUCAAGAUUUUCUGACAUACAGCAAAAGGCCAUUCAAGCUCGUUCCCUCAGUUUUGGUAGAUCCAUCCAUUCCAACGUGUGAUUGCUCAGACCUUCUUGAAGACUACGGUGAUGAUCUGCCAUCCCCGUCAUCACUUGAAGCAGAACUCAGUCUGUGGAAACACAAGUGGGAGUCACAGGCAUCAAACCCAGCUAUGCCAACCUCACCUUCAAUUGCCUUGCAAAUAGCCAGAAAGAACAUGUGGCCCAACAUUCACACAAUCCUUCGCCUGAUUUGUACUAUGCCAGUCAGUUCUCUGCGUCGAUUGAAGACAUAUCUUCGCUGUACAAUGGGCCAAGAGAGACUUAGUGGACUGGCCUUGAUGCAUAGUCAGUAUGGCAUUAAACUGAACUUUGAAGAAAUCAUCAACAUUUUUGCUAGGAAGCAUCCACGUAGAAUGGAAUAUCUUAUUAAGCAUAAACCCAUAAACCCAUAAACCAGCGUAAAGGGUGUAACCAAUUUAACAAUUUAAUUAAGGGGCGUGGUCUCAAAAUUUUUUCGAGGUGCUAUCGCGCCGCUGUUUGGAAACCCCUUUGUUUACUCUAGCUACGCCCCUGGUCACCAUGACACCACUAGAGGGUGCAAUUUAGAACACCGGUGUUACUAGAGCACUGCGAAAAUUGACACCCCGGUGUUCCCCUUUUUUACAGUGUAUGCUUUAGUGCUGAUCACAUGCCAAUCAGCUUAUCUGAAAGUGGUCACCUGACCACAGAUUAAAUAACUUAAUCCACACUGAAGUGUGCUUUAAUUAAGUUGGUUUGUUAAUGAAACAAUCAUGAUACAAGCAUAUUGAAUAAUAAUUAUGUACACAAUAAAGCUAUUAUCAUU